AUGGCAGUCGAGACACUCAGAGAAAACACCUUCAGCCACAGCGGCGACCAGAAGACCUUCUACUGGUCCGCCGGCCCAUCCGAUGGCCCUUUGGUCAUCUUCAUCCACGGCUGGCCCACCAACGGCGAGCACUGGAAGCGCCAGGCCCUCGCCCUGGGCUCCCUGGGCUUCCACGCCGUCGCCCCGGACACGCGGGGCUAUGGCCGCUCCAGCGUGCCCAAGGGCGACACCACCGAGUACCGCCUAGAGAAGCACGUCUCGGACAUGCUCGCCCUGCUCGCGCACCUGCAGCGCGACAAGGCCGUGUGGGUCGGCCACGACUGGGGUGCGGGCCUCGUCUGGUCGUUUGCGGCGCAGCACCCGGAGAAGUGUGAUGGUGUCAGCUGCAUCUCUGUGCCUUACCGUGUGUUGGAUCGCGGUAUUGACUUCUUGGCUUCGCUGUCGAAUCGGGACAUCUACCCGGAGGACCAGUACCCACUCGCUCAAUGGGACUACCAAGCCUUCCACGUCGAGCAGCCCGAGCUCAGCCACAAGCAGCUAGAGGGCAACGUCACCAACACCAUCAAGGCCCUCUACAGGGGCACUGGCCCCGAGAAGUUCGGCCAGCCCUCGUUCAUGGCGUCGCUGCGCAAGACGGGCGGCUGGUUCGGCCCCCUGCCCGAGGCCCCGGACACGCCCUUCGAGACGUGCCUCCUCGCGGACGACAAGCCCGCCUUCGACCGGAUGGUGGCCGAGUUCGAGCGCAACGGCUUCGAGGGCCCCAACGCCUACUACCUCAACCACGGCAUCAACGGCGAGUACAUGAAGACCGCCCCCAACGGCGGGGUCCUCGAGUACCCCGUCCUCUUCGUCGAGACCAAGUACGACCCCGUCUGCGACACGGCGCUGUCGCGGCUGGCCGAGCCCAUGAGGGACUACUGCAAGGACCUGACCGAGGUCAGCCUCGAGUGCGGCCACUGGGCCGCGCUCGAGAAGCCCCGGGAGCUGAGCGCGGCCCUGGUCAAGUGGAUCGCUACGAAGCUGCCGGAAUAUUACCCGGGUGGGAAGAGUGCGCGCCUGUGA